CGGCUUGCUUCUUCCGCAUUUCUCACUCUUGAGCGACUCAUCAUGGACCCAUACUCCGCGCAGAACUACUACCAGCAAUACUACCAGCAGCAAAAUGCUCAGGCUGGAUCGUCCUCCGACGUCAACCCUUACCACCAGCCUUAUCAAGGACCAGUGUACUCGAACCCAUCCGGGUCGUCUUCCCACAAUGCACCCGUCCCAGCGAACGCCUACGAAUACGACGUCGGCAUUCUCGCCCAACAGAGUGUCUAUGUGCCAGGUGCGAUGCUAGACAAGCGUGGUGGAGCUGGUGGUAAGCUGGCGAAGGGCGGCAAGAGGGUCACUGUCCUGCGUAAAGGUGGAGGAAAGGAGUGGGAGGACCAGACUCUGUUGGAAUGGAAUCCUGCAUGGUUCCGCUUGUUUGUUGGUGAUUUGAGUAAUGAUGUCUCAGACGAUGUCCUCGCGAAUGCGUUCAACAAAUACACCUCUUUCCAGAAGGCGCGUGUUAUCAGGGACAGAUUGAGCCAGAAGGCUAAGUACGGCUUCGUUGCGUUCUCUGACCCCGAAGACUUCCUGAAAGCCUGGAAGGAAAUGGACGGCAAAUAUGUCGGUAACCGUCCCAUCAAACUCAAGAAGGCUGAGCAGGCUGCUGUGCGUCCCGUAGAAAUCGGCCAUCGCAAGGCUCGCAAGCUCGAGUCCGACCUGAAGAAGAACAGGAAGAAGCCAUACUAGACGGUUUCUGCUCCUCUGGUGACUAGGCGGAGUUGUUGAGAGGUCGAGGUGGCUUGUUGUACGUUACCAUUUUGUUGUCGUGAGGGCUGGACUGAAAGACAUGCGUUCUUUACAACAAGAUAAAAUAUGCUCAUAUGGGGAUAAUCCGGUUAGUAUUGUUUUCGUAUGCGAUGAAUAUGUAUUAUGCUUGCCUUUUCUUCUGCAGCCCCUUUGACCUCGCGGAUUUCUCCCGUCCCCACCCGCAAUGCUGCAGCAUGGUAAACCCGUAUUUUUGGCAUUCCGUCAACAUAGCCUCUUCUUCGCCGAGGUCAAAUGCCGCGAGGGUUCUGAUUUAUCUUAUGCACUGUUCAUGUAUAAACCUUCCCCUCUCCCAUUGGCCUACGAUGUUUAAUCCUUCGCCUGAACUCUCAUCUCGGCCGUCUUUCACCUCACUUCGUCAUCAUCUCCAACUCC